CUAGAAUUCUUUGAAAAUGAUGCGAAAAUGUCGUUUCAUUGAGAAAUGAUGUGAUGACGAAUUCAUUAUCAUUGAACGUAUAUAUUCGUUUUGCAACGCGUAGCACUGUUUAUUCCUCGUAGAAGCGUCAGAUCGGAGUGGUUUUUACGUGCCCGUGAAUUGUGAAGUGUUGUAGUUAAAACAAUUAUUAUGGAGUUUCCACACCUAGGACGAAAUUGUGCUUUCAGCAACUGUAAUAGACUGGAUUUCUUGCCCAUGAAAUGUGGAGCUUGUCUAGAAUCAUUCUGCUCAGACCACUUUGCCUAUAUAAACCAUGAUUGCCCCGCGCCAAACACUAGAGAUGUCCAAGUGCCUGAAUGUCCGCUCUGCGGGGCCCCAGUGCCGGGGAAGCGCGGGGAGCGACCCGAUGUGGCCGUUAGCGAACACAUAGACAACCAAUGCCAGUCUGACCCGGCUAAAGAAAGGAGAAAAAAGGUGUACACUAAUCGCUGUGCCUACAAAGGUUGUAAGACGAAAGAGAUGAUACCAGUAGUGUGUGGCGAGUGUACUCUAAAUUACUGCCUGAAGCAUCGACAUACUGCGGACCACGCCUGCGAGGGCCCGCUGGCGGCUAAGAGAAAACGUGCGGCCGAAGCAGCCAUGGUGAGGUUACAAACGAACAAGAUACAGUUCCAAACACCCAUAGCUAGUAACGCGGGCCGCGCUCGCGUGGCCACUCUACAAGACGUGCAAGCGGUACAAGGCAAUAUGUCCGAAGAUGAGGCCCUGGCCCGGGCCCUAUCCCUGUCCCUCCAGAGUUCAUCCCUGGGCGGCGGCGACGUGGCCGUCGCGCGGGCGCUCGCCCGUCGCGUCGGAGGUGAGCAGAACUCGCGCUGUACCGUCUCCUAGGAGGCCUAAUACAUCCCCAAGAGCCCUAGACUUUACUAGCUUAUGUGAG